AUGUUCGCAUUGGAAAAACCCCCAGGAAUAGGGCGGGUUGAAGAUUUUGAAGAGACUUUAGGACUUCAAACAGAUUCAGAGCAAGCCGUCAUAGACAAGUAUCUAGCUGGACGCUGCGAUCGUGUCCGUAUUUCAAGGGUUUUGCGGUUCUUGCAUGAUUUACAAGCGUUCCCUCGUAUCACACAAGAACAGGUAGAAGGCGCUUGGCAAAACAUGUGCUGGGAUUGGAGCAAGGAAGAGGAACUGGCUGGGCGCAAGUUCACCACUGAUCACUGCAAAAGUGGCGUUCGUGUUCAGAUCAUCAACAAUCUGGUCUACUUUUUACCCGUUCCUCAGAAUCAUAGUCGACUGCCCAACCUCGACUUCAGACCCUCCCACAACGGCACAAUCCUGGAUGUGAACGAGUGGUUUGCCUUGGGGCAAGCACUACACAAUGAUACGUUCUUCUACGAUCUUUCCUGGCCCCGCUAUGCUAUACAUGCAUUGACGGGGUUGCAAGAGGUGUUGGCAACGUUCGACAUCCCGGAUGUGGAUUUUAUCGUCGAAUUUGGUGACCAGUGCGCCCCUGCCGCAUUUAGGACCCUCCCUCAGCGACUUGCACCUGUCUUCUCGUGGAGCGUGCUGCUCGAGGAUUCAGGGGAAGAUGGCAAACAUGAGGCGGCGAUGUCGGCAACGGGCUUCUACAUCGGUUGUUUGCGGUUCGAGUUAGGUCAUACUAGGCUUCAAACUUAACAACAGCAGUGCUUAUUGAAACUUAUUGAAGGACACGUAGCUGGAACAUUCUUGAGCUAUUCUGAGGCCUCUCUUGGAAAUUCUCAA